AUGUCAUCAUCCUCAGAGACGAAGCUGGAUCGAAAGCUGAAUAUUUACACACCGCUCAAACCCACGGACAAAACCAAGGACUUCCUCCAUGACUUCUUCAAGUUCCUUCCUCCUGACGGAAAAAAAAAUCUGGCGGGGGAGGUUUCAGGAUGUGCAAAUGACGAGGAGCUUCGGCAACUGGUCCAAAGCAUCACAACUGGCUUAUUGAUUCCUAUGAAAGCACAGGGUGGCAAAACACUCAUUGAAAUCACUCCUUCUCCGCAUUCUGGUGUUGAAGAUUCACUGCAGCACCGCUGUUUAGAAAGAGAUGGCAACCAAUGUCUUGCAACGGGGCAUUAUAGUCACAGUCACGCCCAUCCACGGAACGCACUCACGACCCAUCUUGAAGCGGCCCAUAUUAUUCCAUUUGCACUUGGAUCCUUUCAGGCUGAUGUCGGUGAGGCAGUAGACAGAUAUGGAGCGAUUUGGGCCAACCUACGGCGCUACUUUCCAGUUCUUGACAGUAUGCCCUUUACCUCAGAACAGAUAAAUUCGGAAAAGAACGUCCUGAUGCUAGAUUCCCAACUUCACAAGGAAUUCGGUCAAUUCAGACUCAUUUUUGAAACAACUGGAGUUCCUCACCAAUAUCGAAUCAAGACCUUCCCAGAUACCGCCACGGGGCCGAUACGAGAUUUACCUAGAAAUCGGCAUGUCAAGUUCAGAGUUCACAAAGGAAGUUGGGAACUUCCAGAUCCUACACUUCUCAGAAUCCACGCUUGUAUUGGAAAUUUUCUACAUAUGAGUGGCCAGGCAGAGAUAAUCGACAAAGUCCUGCAAGAUUUUGAAGACUGUGGUGGGCUUGCUCCGAGUGGGAGCACAAACAUCGAAGACUUUCUUGCAGUGAGCGGCCUCUCACUACUACCCUCGAAUGCCAACGAAACGCCCGAUUCUCAAAAGUCUACAGAGAAGCAACGUCCUACGGAGAGGCAAGGGCUCCAACGGGCGAAAUUUCUUGACACUGAGAAUAAACCAUGGGGAUACUAA